CAUCAGGAGGGAAACUGUCAAGGCUUGAGAGCAGGUCCUGACAACGCCACCAAAUAUGGACUCCCACAAUCACCUGCGCUUAUCAGAUCUAUCAAACCUGUCGCCAAAAGACGUCCCGAGGGUAGAAUUAAACCGCCUCAACAAAAGCCGUGCUUACAUAACUCGGAGCAGUCAGUGGGCGCGAAAGACGCGGAUCGCACGGUUCCAAGUCAUCACGUAGGACUCAAGUUCACGGUGAGUCUUAUCGUAGGGCGGCUAUCAAGAGAACAACGCACUUGAGGGUCUGAUUGGUAUCCUGCAAGACAAGCCUGAGACACAAGACUUUCAACCAAAGGUCACAGGAGUACACUCUACAUCAACAUCACUGAAAUGUCAGACAAACCAAGCCGUUUGCUGAUGUUCCUGACGUCAUGCCUGAUGACAUAUGCAGCAAGUGUUCCUCCAAUCGCCUUGUGGCCGCUGAACAGGGAACAUCGGUUACAGGACAUUAGCGGAAGUGGUAACCAUGGAAACGGCGUGGGCGUGUCCCUUACUUCCGGUGUGUACGGCGAGCGGGGAGGAGCCACCAUGUUUACUGAUGGGUCGUACGUCGAGUUCGACCUCGACUCGGUCGGGAUGACGACAGAACACUCCAUGACCAUCCUGGCCUUCGUGUACCCAACCGGCACUGAUGGACCGGUAGUCCAAAUUCUAACGGAAGGGAACGGCGUGCGAUUCGGACAAAAAGAUUCCAGCACUUUGUUCAUCAGUCUUGACAAAGUUGAUGGCACGCGCCUAGCGGACUUGACGGCACGACAUGCCCUGACCCUGAACUCCUGGAAUUUCAUCGGCGCCACUUACAGCUCUUCCUCGGGGGCGGUUCAGCUGUGGCACGGCGGCCUGGAGGUGGCGAGUACGGUGGUGGGGCGGGAGCAGAUGGCCGUGGGCGGGACGGUGCGUGUGGGGUUCAGUGACGAAGUCGGCGGUUCUUUUCGUGGGAAAGUUGCCUGUGUUCAACUGUAUGACGUGAGCCUCAACCAAGAACAGAUUGAGAAAACUUCGUCUAGAUGUACAGGUGGAAACAUUGCCCUGGGUAAAACAGCCUCCCUGAGCAGCGCCUGGCCCGGUCUGCCCGCCAGCCUCGCCGUGGACGGUUACACCAGCGGUGUAGUCACGCCCUCUGGCGAUUGUGUCCAUACCGACAGGGAGAAGGACCCGUGGUUUAAAGUGGACCUGGGAGGGAUCUACCCCGUUGGGCGGGUUCGUAUCUAUAGCCGAGGAGAAUGCUGUGGGGAGCACUUGACGUUUCCACCUCCCUUGUCCGCCAAAAACUACGCCUUGUUGCGGCUGCAUGGGAACGACACCCUGGAUGAGUUUACCCUCUGCUUCCGCAUGCGCACAGACGCCCGCGUCUCUGGAACGAUCGUCAGCUACGCCACGACUGAGCAGAGCAAUGAGAUUCUGUUAUACGCCAUCAACCAGCAGACAUCCCAUCAUCUCUUCAUCAACAGUAAAUACGCUGCAAGGCUUGACCUGGGCAUCCUAGAUGGAGAGUGGCAUCACGUGUGUAUCACGUGGACAAGUGGGCGUGGCUCGUGGAACAUCUACGUUGACGGACAGGUCAAAGCUAACGGGACGGACAUUGCGACCGGACAUCGUGUCCCCAGGAACGGCAUCAUGGUACUGGGACAGGACCAGGACAGACUGGGAGGGGGCUUCCAGAAAUUUCAGGCAUACACCGGUGACGUAUCGGGGGUGAACAUGUGGUCCAAGGAGUUUACGUCUGCAGAAAUUGAUGAAGUCAUGGCCGGCUGUCAGAAGGGUGAUGUUAUUGGCUGGAGUCCUGAUGACUGGCAGCUGGGUGGAGCGGCGCAAUCGUCAUCAUACAGAUGUGGUGAUCGGCUUACUACACUCCGAGUAAACGUGGGUGAACAUUUCGACAUGUCAGAAAAUCGGGAGUGUGGAAGGACCGACAACGACCUCAACCUUGCAGAACAUGGCCACGUGAUCACCAUCGACUGUCAGGAGCCAAUCGUCGGUCGUUACGUGUCGAUCCAGCUGGUAGGGAGAACCGACUUCCUGACGCUGUGUGAGGUUGAGGUCUUCACCGCCACAGUGACACCGACCGCAGGCUGGAUACCUGCCAACACGUCUUGGCCGAUCGACUCGUCAGGAACGCCAUAUUUUGACGGCGUGACCGUGUUUGACGCCGCCAAAGUUUUUGACGGAAACAUGGCGACAUUUUGGAACCCCACCAACCUACCCUUCAUGUACGACAGCUGGAACAUAGUAUUCGACAUGCAGCGAUCCUAUUGGUUGUACAAAAUCCGCGUUAUAAGUCCCGUGGAACUCACUGAGGAACAGCAUUACCCCACUUCUCUUGAACUACUCGUGUCGGAUGACGUAGAGCAAGGCGAUUGGUCCACAGUUGGAACAUUCAGCAUGGCGGGAAGGCAAACCCUUGCAUAUGGCGGUUUUAUCGCGUAUAGUCGGUACUGGAAACUCUUGAUUACCUCAACCAUUUCAGGAUUCCAGCCGUACAUUUCGGAGGUUCAAGUACACGGAAACACAGGGACCGAUAUGCCAUUUUCGUCCAUUGAGCCGUACUAUGCCUGCGAUCGAAACAUGUCGUUCUACGUCACCCAGUCCAGUAGCGGAAUUAUAUCCAGCGCUCACGCCGAAUCAGACCAUUACAGCAGUGACACUGUAUGCAGUUGGACCGUGGAGGCAGCCGAAAACCUGACCGUAGCUCUCAACUUUUUGACCCUUGACCUUGCCGAUCAUGGCGACUGCCAGUACGACUAUGUCGCAGUGCAUGACGGGAACAGCUCAACAGCGCCGUUGCUAGGGAGAUUUUGUGACACCAUGGCAACAGUUACUACAACGGGGCGCAGCAUGACUGUAGUGUUUGUCACAAACUCUACAGAAGAGUCGACAGGCUUCCGGGCUACUUUUUAUCAAGUUGGAGAUGACCAAGAUAUCUCAACUGUCGGAUAUCCAUGGACAACAGAGAUGCACGUGACAACAUCUAGUGAGCAGACUACGGAUGGGACAUGGGCUGAAAUGUAUCCCACAGACGGAAGAACAACCGAUGUUUUAGCUGUCACAGAAUUACAACAAACAACAGCAGAAGUCUUCCCCACAGAUGAAUAUACCACCGAUGCACCUGUUAUGGAAUUCACUACUGAGCAGGACUCAUCAACCCAACGUUACGAUGGUAUAACAGAUUCCCCUGUUGUCACGACGGCUGAAGAAUAUACCACAGAUUCCAGCAUUUCUACCGUUAAGGCAACAACCUACGCCAUGCCCUCCACCACUGCACAGCCGCACCACACUACCACAGCUCACAGCUCCACAGUCACUGCUACACCAACAUGUGAGCGGAAGGGUUACGGAUGGACCGGAACACACUGUGAAGAUGUGGAUGAAUGUGCAAGAGGUGACCACUCCUGUCCUAAGGAGCACACAUGUCUUAACACGGACGGAUCCUAUUCCUGCUUCCCUUGCGUUGCUACCGUAUCCGUGAGUGGCGGUGGGGCGAACAUGUCGUCUGCAGAGACUGUCCUGAGGAGGUUUCCCCUGCAGUUGCAGGCACAAGCGAACCUUGAAUGUAAAUCUGACAAGAACAAAGUCAAGUAUGAAUGGUCUGCAUUUCAACAACACGGGAACGGACGAACAUCUCGUGUAGUACCCAUUUUAUUGCCUGCAAGUAUAAAAACGACAAGGACAGAACUUCUGAUGCCAAAGAAUGUUCUUCCGUAUGGGAAUAUCCUUUUACUCGUGAAUGCAAUAGUAACGGAUGAACUAUCUGGUCUGAAGUUGUUGAAACAGGCAGAGCGCUGGGUCCGAGUCGCCCCGUCACCGUUAGUGGCUGAUAUUUUCGGUGGAACAGCGAGAUCCUUGGCUGAAGGGACAGACAUCGUACUGAAUGCAUCGUCUUCUUUUGAUCCCGACGGGAUGACAGAGGCUUCAUCGCUGAACUACACUUGGUCGUGCAUGGCGGGACAUCCAUUGGAAGAAUACAACAGCAGCAAAGAUGUGUGUGAUGAAGUGUUCAACGAUGGAGCAUCCGGUCCGGUCCAACUCAUCAACCAAACAACACUACCUCCUGGCGAGACUGUAUUUACCUUUAACGUAACCAUGAGCUAUCCCGGACGACAGCCCGUGUGGUUCGCCCAGGCGCUCUGGAUAGUGGAGGAGGGCUCCCCAAUUGUCUCGAUCAGUUGUCACUCUAACUGCAACAGAAGAGCAAACCCGUCAGAGAGGCUCGUGCUGGAAUCCACGUGUUCCAAUUGUAAGCUGGACAACCGCGUGUCCUAUGACUGGCUCUUAGUAAAAGCGCCAAUGAGAUUCGGCCGGAGCGAUUUGAACUGGGACGUAGAGAGCAUCACGGGAAAGCAUCUUCCCGAUCUUGUCGUUCGAUCUGGUGUUUUCACGGUCAUUGAUACAGAAACAAUACUAGUGUCAUUUCCAUGCUGA